AAAAUUUAAAAAAAUAUUAAGAGUGAGAAUUAUCCCUUUUAUUCUAGUUGAUAUAAAGCAGCCAAAAUCCAAUGGUUGAUAGUGAAGUAAGCAUAAAAGACAUUGUUGGUCAGUUUCAAGUGGUUAAGACACUUACACAACUUCACUUAACUGGAACCACUUUCAAUUUGAAACUUGGCCAUACCUUAUCCACACACCUACCUUGUUUCCUGAUUUUGAUCACACCACACCACAAUGUCCAAAUAAGACUCAAUACAAGAAACUAAGAGAAAACAAAAUAUAAAAUUCUCUUCAUAGUUGGUAGCAUCAAGAAAAAGAAAAAAAAAAAAAGAAAAAGAAAGAAAGAAAUAUUAUGUCUGUGACAACCACAAUUCCAAGCAUCAAAAUCUCCACAUGUUCCUCCUCUCCAUGUUGCAGUUCUACAACAACUUCAUCACAUUCUUUGAGGUAUAAGCCUUAUUAUAAUGUUUUUACCAUAAGGAAUUCUCAGGCUGAAGGUCCUCUAAGAAGACCAGUGGCUCCACCUGUGAGAGAAGAACCUUCUAGUGGUGGUUCUCCGCCGCAGCCCUUGAAGCCAUCACCUCCUUCCCCAAAUAAACCGGCUUCUUCUUAUGUCGUUGUUGAUGAUAAGAAUGUUGUUACAUUAGAGUUUCAGAGGCAAAAGGCUAAGGAGUUGCAGGAAUAUUUCAAACAGAAGAAGCUUGAUGAAGCAGACCAGGGUCCUGCUUUUGGCUUCAUUGGCAAGAAUGAGAUCAACAAUGGAAGAUGGGCAAUGUUUGGUUUUGCUGUAGGGUUGCUAACAGAGUAUGCAACAGGAUCAGACUUUGUUGAUCAAGUAAAGAUCCUACUCUCGAAUUUUGGGAUACUGGAUUUGGAAUGACAUAAUAAUUCUCUUAAAUAUAUAAAAGAUUGUGCAUGUGGUUUCUUGUAUCCUUGGUGUAACAAUGUUGAGUUUAUAGCAAUUAGUUUAAUUUUUGUAUUAUGGUUUUAGUUUUAUAUCUGACACCAAUUUCCAUCAUCUGAUCCAGUUAUAGCUUUCA